AUGCCCCACCCCGUCACCCUCGUACUCAGGGAGAAGGUCCUUUCGUGGACAGGCGACGACUUUGGCGUCAAGGACACGAACGGCAACGUCGUCGUAUCAUGUAACGCCAAGAUGUUCUCGAUCCGCAACAAGAAGACCAUCACGGACCCGAACGGCCAGUUUCUGUUCGGCAUCCAGAAGAAGAUCCUGCGCCUGCUGUCCACCUUUGUCGCGGUGGACGCAAACGAUAAUGAAAUCUUCCGUGUAAAGAACAAGAUUGCCUUCGGCUCCAAGAUGCACGCCACGUUUGUCAACGCGUCCACUGGCCAGCCGACGACCAUCUCCCUCCGCGGCGACAUUAUCGGCCGCAGCGCCGACUUGAUACUGGACAAUGGCCAGGUCGUGGCCCAGAUCAAGAGGGAUAUCCUGAACGCAACCAACUUCUUUACCGGACAGGACACUUAUUACGUGGUCGUCGCGCCCGGCGUGGACCUGAGUCUCAUCACGGCCAUCUGUAUCUGUUUCGACGAGGUGGAGAACGACCAUCACAAGAGGUAA